AUGCAAACGCUAACAUUUCUCUUAAGUUUCUGUUUUUCACUUACAACUGCUUUUUAUUUCCACGUGGGAGAACGAGAGGAGAAAUGCAUCAUAGAAGACAUUCCAAGUGACACACUGAUCACAGGGACUUUCAAGAUACAGCAAUGGGACAUGGUCAGACAUGAUUUCCUUGAAUCUGCUCCUGGUUUGGGGCUCUUUGUGACUGUUACAACUUAUAAUGAGGAGGUAUUGCUGUCAAAGUUAUAUGGCUCACAAGGAACAUUCUAUUUUACUUCACAUUCACCUGGAGAACACAUCAUUUGCUUAGAAUCUAAUUCUACGAGGCUUGUGUCAUUUGGAGGGAGUAAGCUGCGGAUCCACUUAGACAUUCGUGUUGGAGAACAUGACCUCGAUGCUGCCAUUGCUCAAGCCAAGGACAAAGUUAAUGAAGUUAGCUUCAAGCUUGAACAUCUAAUUGAGCAAAUUGAGCAAAUAGUCAAAGAACAAAACUAUCAAAGGGACCGUGAAGAAAAUUUUCGAAUGACUAGUGAAGACACAAACAGCAAUGUUUUAUGGUGGGCUUUUGCACAAACAUUAAUCUUUAUCUCAGUUGGAAUUUUACAAAUGAAGUACCUUAAAGACUUCUUUAUAGCUAAGAAGCUUGUUUAA